CUCGGCCCCUGCGCCCCGGGCCCGGGCCCAGCCCCGCCGCGCUAUGCCUGAGUCGGGCGCGCCCCGGCCUGCGCCCCGCCGCCGCCCCCCGGCCCCCGCGUCGCCCCGGAGCCCGGGCCGAAGCCUGCGUCGUCCGCAGUGGCCCUGAGCCCGGCCCCGCCGUCCGGCCCUUGGAGCCUGCACGCUGCCCCGGGACGAAGGCUCGGGAAGCGCGCGGGGAACAAGACCGAAGGAAGGAGCGGGAAGAAGAGCGCAGCCGCCGCCGGGCCCUGCGCGCCCCGGGAGCGCCGCGCGGCCCUGCCCGCGGGCUCCGGGUGUCCGCGGGGCGGCGCCGCGGAACAUGACGGCGCCCUGGGCGGCCCUCGCCCUCCUCUGGGGAUCGCUGUGCGCCGGUUCCGGUCGCGGGGAGGCCGAGACGCGGGAGUGCAUCUACUACAACGCCAACUGGGAGCUAGAGCGCACCAACCAGAGCGGCCUGGAGCGCUGCGAGGGCGAGCAGGACAAGCGGCUGCACUGCUACGCCUCCUGGCGCAACAGCUCAGGCACCAUCGAGCUCGUCAAGAAGGGCUGCUGGCUGGACGAUUUCAACUGCUACGACAGGCAGGAGUGCGUGGCCACCGAGGAGAACCCCCAGGUGUACUUCUGCUGCUGCGAAGGCAACUUCUGCAACGAGCGCUUCACCCACCUGCCCGAGGCGGGCGGCCCAGAAGUCACGUACGAGCCACCUCCGACAGCCCCUACCCUGCUCACUGUGCUGGCCUACUCGCUGCUGCCCAUCGGGGGCCUCUCCCUCAUUGUCCUGCUGGCCUUCUGGAUGUACCGGCAUCGCAAGCCCCCCUAUGGCCACGUGGACAUCCAUGAGGAUCCUGGACCUCCACCCCCAUCCCCUCUGGUGGGUCUGAAGCCACUGCAGCUGCUGGAGAUCAAGGCUCGGGGGCGCUUUGGCUGUGUUUGGAAGGCACAGCUCAUGAAUGACUUCGUGGCUGUCAAGAUCUUCCCACUCCAGGACAAGCAGUCAUGGCAGAGUGAACGGGAGAUCUUCAGCACACCUGGCAUGAAGCAUGAGAACCUGCUGCAGUUCAUUGCCGCCGAGAAGCGAGGCUCAAACCUGGAGGUGGAGCUGUGGCUCAUCACGGCCUUCCAUGACAAGGGCUCCCUCACGGAUUACCUCAAGGGGAACAUCAUCACAUGGAAUGAACUGUGUCACGUGGCAGAGACAAUGUCAAGAGGCCUCUCAUACCUACACGAGGAUGUGCCCUGGUGCCGUGGCGAGGGCCACAAACCGUCUAUUGCCCACAGGGACUUUAAGAGCAAGAAUGUAUUGCUGAAGAGUGACCUCACGGCCGUGCUGGCUGACUUUGGCCUGGCUGUUCGGUUUGAGCCAGGGAAACCUCCGGGGGACACUCAUGGGCAGGUGGGCACACGGCGGUACAUGGCCCCUGAGGUGCUCGAGGGAGCCAUCAACUUCCAGAGAGACGCCUUUUUGCGCAUCGACAUGUAUGCCAUGGGCCUGGUGCUGUGGGAGCUCGUGUCCCGCUGCAAAGCUGCCGAUGGACCUGUGGACGAGUACAUGCUGCCUUUUGAGGAAGAGAUUGGCCAGCACCCUUCACUGGAGGAGCUGCAGGAGGUGGUCGUGCACAAGAAGAUGCGGCCUGCCAUCAAGGAUCACUGGCUGAAACACCCGGGCCUGGCCCAGCUCUGCGUGACCAUCGAGGAGUGCUGGGACCACGACGCAGAAGCUCGUCUGUCCGCGGGCUGUGUGGAGGAGCGGGUGUCCCUGAUCCGGAGGUCUGUCAAUGGCACUACCUCGGACUGUCUUGUCUCCCUGGUGACCUCCGUCACCAAUGUGGACCUGCCCCCGAAGGAGUCGAGCAUCUAAGCCCAGGACAUGAGUGGAUCUCCAGACUCAGUGGAUCUGAAGAGGAAAGGAAGAAAACAAAGUAGUGUUUUGUUUUGGAAAUCCUGUAACACCAACAAACACGCAAAAUGCAGCUGCUACUUUACCUUGACUUCUAUUAUUAUUAUAAUUAUUAUUAUUAUUAUUAUUAAUAUUAUUUUUUGGAUUGGAUCAGUUUUUACCAGCACAUUGCUCUACUGUAUCGCAAACAGUGGACACGUCAGCAGGCGUUGAGGUGCUGAGCUGUGAAUGCAGAACCAGCGCCGUGCUGAAGAGCCUCGGCCACCUCCCGCCCUUCGGGGUUCAUUUUUCCCUCUUUCUCUUUGUUUGUUGUCUCAGAAUCUGUGACACAAAGAAACCCAUCUCCUGUCUUAGGAAACUUAAUGCUGCAAACUCUACCUAGAGGAACCUUUGAAGACUGUUACAUAAGAACACAUCUUCCUCAAAAGAGGAGUUUCCCUCUGCCCUCGUCCAGCCCCCCGCCUUUUACUGUGUUUUUCUCCCUUUUUCGACAGUGAGUAUAAGAAACAGCAGAUGUGUCCUUCACGGGUUACCGGGUGCUGUCCUGACCGAGGGAAGCGGGGCUGAGGAUGAGGAUGGUUUGGACCGGAGUUGGAGGGGAGGACAGAGCUGGGGGUGGGGUUUGGUGCAGAGCUACACUGGACCCGGGCACAUUCGGAGCAACGUCCUUUGCUAUGAGACUACUUCUCAGGUAACCAGGAAUCGAGGGGAAGGAGUGUGUGGAGGCCAAGCGUUAACGGCAAGAGCAGGGUUUGGAGAAAGUCUGAAAUCAGGUGUGGCUCUGACCCAUCUGUUGGCCCUGACCAGUUUUUUCCACUCACUUGGGCUUGGGCAUAGGACAAAACAUUUUUUCUGCCCUGAUUUUAAGGUUAGGUAAGGGUAUAAAUCAUCACGGUUUAGUGAGUACAUUCUUCAUAAGACAUGAUACUGUAAAUAUCUUUAAUGAGGAAAAGUUGAAAUAUGUACAUUGCUUCCUCCUGGAGCAGUUCAGGGAAAUGGCCACAGGGGGCGCUCUGCACAGCCAGGGCGGGAGAGUUUCCUGGGUUGGGCCUGCCAAGAAGGCCUGGCCCUCUGGAGACCCCCGGAGUCCUGCAGUGCUGGCUCUGCCCUGUGUGGUGACGUUAUUGUCCCUUUCUGUGGCUCGUGAACACAGCUUUCUCCAGACCCUUUAAAGAGGUGCAUAUUCGAAAAACAGUUUCUCUGUUUUGCCAUAACCUUGCUCUCGUCAGUGAAUGUUCCUAAUGCUGCUGUUUCAACAUUUGAAUUUUUUUAAUUUAUGAAACAUGCAAAUUUUUUAAAAAAACAAAACACACACAUACAUGCUUUGCUAUGUGGCUUCCGAGGUUUAAAUUUUGAAGAGUAAGAGAAUUAAAACUUCACGACCACAGACCACCUCAAACCAGAAAUACCUCAGAAUUUUCUACUUGUGUAAGUUUUAUUAUAUAUUUUAUUAGUUGUGUUGUCUUGUAGUAAGUAUACUUUAAUGUAAGUUGGCUUUUAUGACAAGAAAGUUUAAAAGAAAUAGAGAAAAAGAAGAAAAGUUGUGAGUCUUCUAGGGAGUGCUACCAUUUUUCUUUGAUAACGCCCCCUUGUAAAUAAUUGUCAUCAACUGUAGGUUGGCUGUCUGGGCCGAGUCUGGGCAUUCAUCACUCUUAUUUGUGAAGACUUUUCCUUCCCGUUUCUUUAGACCAUUUUAUUUAAAAACUGGAUCUCUUCACCUUGCGGGUAGGCGAGUUGGUGGACGAUGGGGAGAGGUUGACUGGCAUGAGAAGGGGAGGGGGGAGCCUCCUCCUGAGUUAUUUGGAAGUUCAAGUGUUUCCCUCGACUUGAUUGGUCAUUGUGCAGGAUGACAGGUGACCCCACUUUAACUUGGCAAAACUGUAGCCUUUAGACCCACGUGAGGUAAUUUUACUCGAGACUUAAUUUCUUAAGCACAUUGGCAGCAGUGAUAGCGGAAUUGAGCUGUAGGCCUCUGGGUCCACACUGCUCAGGGCCGGUCUGUGACGGCACGGCUUGGUGGUGAGGGCUCAGUGCACCGCCACGCGGGGGUUCUGGGCCCCUGGGCCGUGUCCUCCUCUGCGUGUUUGGGCACGGGGUGUGGUAGGAGACGAGUUUGCUUCCCUCUCAGAGCUCAGUUUUUGCUUCAUGGGUCAAAAUGUGGGCUGGCCAAGGUGGCCACAGAGACAGGUUUUUGUUUUUGUUUUUUGGUAAGUUAUUUGUCUUCUGACUUUUCCUUUUUAAGCUAUUUUUUGCUGUGGUAUUUUUCUUCCCUCGGAAUAAUUUUUAACAGAAAAACAGGCCUUACAGCAGUUGCUUUUCUUUUCCACUUAUGUCUUUCAGAAGCUUUAAAAUAUUUAUUGAAAAGUGCCAUAUCUGAUUUCUCCAGCUUUCUCCUUAGGCAGGGCUGGGAGUCUCUACUUUUCAACCCUCAGAAGAAACGAAUAGAAUAAACCAGUAACAAAUGUAGCUAAUUUACCAUAGGAAUGAUUAGAUCCCUGAUCCCAGCCCGUGUGGAACACUAAACCCCAGCCUCUGUUUGGUUUUAGAUUUCCUCUGGGCAGUUUUUCUUUUGUGUGCUGGCUUGAUUCUUCUGGGAGCACGUUUUGGCCCUGCUGUGGGACCUGCGGGGCAGGAUGCAGGACGGACAGGGCAGGCCUUUUGUCUGGGGACGCUCCCUCUUUGCUGACCCAGUGCUCAGCCACUGUCACUCCCUUUGGGGCCUUGGCACCAGAAUGAAGUGUCCAGAGAUGGCCCCAUGUGGUGUGGCCGGGCAGAAGGCUUCCGGCGGCCCUUUCCCCGUGUGCUAGGCUGAGUGUCCCUGACUGCUCGUGGCCAGGAGAAGGUGGGCAUCUCUCUCCCGGGCAUGCUGCUGGGGCCUGGGUGGGUCUUCCGCCUCUGAUAAAGUUAGGUUUACUGUCAUGUCUUCUUCUGCGGGGAGUCAGCCAUCCAGAGCUCUGAUUUGUGUCGAUGGGGUUGGGGGCCUCUGCCUGUGCUCUUCUUCACAAAGAUUUCUUGUAGCCUCCACUUCCGGUGAUCUCAGAUCACUGCUACCUUCUCCCCC